AUGAGCACUAACCAAAGGCAGUAUUUAACUUGCAGGAGCUCUCUUAUCAGCUAUGGUGUGACUGAAGUUAAUGGUGUAGAAAGAUUAACAGGUCCUGGCACUGAUGUUCAGCCAGAAACUGAUGUUGAAGUUAACCCUAUUUGGCCCCGCAGGCUUCAAGAUAUGUGUGAUGAAUUACUAGGCGAAACCCCUGAUGAAAAGACCCUGUACAAUAUAUGGUUAAGUGGGAAUUCUUUGGUGGAUUACUUGUGCAAAGGUGAUGGGCUUUUUGCAGCAUGUUCCUCUGACUGGGGUCCAUGGCCUGGUGAUGAUUAUGAUGAUUAUGAAGACGGAGAAGAAUUUGACUAUAUUCAUGAUGAGUUUUGAUAAAUAAUUCUUUGGGUAAGUCUUAGUAUAACAUUAGAGAUUAUGUACUGCAACAUUUUAGCGUGAUUUUUACAAUAUUUUUCUCACAAUGAAUUGCACUUCAUCAGUUUUAGAACUAAUCAUGAAAAAACAAUUUAUUGAAAUAUUAGCAAGAAUUUAUUUACUCUGCCUUGUAGAGAGUCAAUGAUUUUUCUGUGUCUGGCAGAAUAAUAAUGAUGAUAACUUUAUAUUGUAGUCAUUUAUGCAUUUGUAUCUCAAAUUUAAGGUCACAUCAAUUGGUUAUAAAUGUACUUUUAAGGUUUGUAGUGUUGUAAAAUGCCAGGAAAGUUUCAGGGUUUAAUUUUUAUCGUGCCAUUUGCUUUUAGGGACCAUUGGCAAUUAUUUAUUUUCUAGAGUUUUAUUUUUAUGUACACUGAGUACAGUAUAAGGUACAAUUUACAGUUACCACCAUUUGUAUGUUUACCCUGAAAAUUCAUCAUUUUAUUGAGAAUGUUGAAUUAUCAAAAGGUACAUAGUGAAAUUGUUGAUAGUA